CAUAAACCUAUCUACAAAAGAGUGGCCCCUUAAUUCCAUUUCCAGCUCUCAAAUCUCUUCAUUUCGGGUUCCUACCCAUAGCCGGAAACACCGAGAGGGAGAAAAAAGAUGUGGCGUAUGCUGGUGGCUUUGCGACGGAACCUUCAAAACAUCAAGAAAAGCCACCGUGUAGCGGAUGAGAACAUGGUGGUCGGAGGUGGAGGGAACAAUAAUGGAGGCGAGAUGCCGGGUUUCGUGGAUAGGAGGUGGAAUGGCCUUUCAGUGAUUUGCAGCGUCGUAAGAGCUCCUUUUACACUGGUUUCUUGCUUCUCUCAACCCCACGUUAAUGGCGCUGAUGGAGUUUGGGUUUCCAGUCACGAAUUUGCUCAAAUCUCAGAGAUGAAUCAUUUGAUGGUAAGUGAUAGCAUGCGUUAUGCAAUCUUGAUGUAAAAGAUUAAAAGGGGGGGGGGAGAGGAAGGAUUUUAGCUACUCCAUUAUAGAAUUGUUUUCUCUUCGGAUAUUCAUUUUCUUCUUCUUCUUAAACAACAGUCUUUGUUUGUCGUCGAUACAUACAUAUUUAUAUGUGUAGGUAAAUAAUUUCAGGGUUUA